UGUGGUGCAUGGAAGAUCUCUAAACUGAAUGUGGGAUGCACAUCAAAGUCAGUGUGUCAUGUUCUGAAGAUCUCCAAACUGCGAGUUCACAGCAACAAUGCUAGGACUGCUGUAAGAAAGUAAUCCCAUUUCACACAGUUUUCGACAGUGAACUGAAGAAAGUUAUGAAGACAAUUUCCUCCUCAAACAUAAGCAACAUUUCAGUGGAUGACAUUUCCAUAGACCAUGUCAACCAGACCGCGUUUUCUCAGCCUGGCUGGCAAAUAGCACUUUGGGCUAUCACUUAUUUAUUCAUAGUCAUUGUAUCGGUUGUGGGCAAUGGCACUGUCAUUUGGAUUAUCCUGUCUCACCAACGGAUGAGGACUGUUACCAACUAUUUUAUUGUUAACUUGGCUUUUUCUGACCUGCUAAUGACUGCCUUGAACACAGUGUUCAAUUUUAUUUAUGCCAGCCACAACGUCUGGUAUUUCGGUGAGGGAUUCUGUCGGUUUCUUAACUUUAUUCCUGUUACGGCAAUGUUUGUGAGCAUUUAUUCUAUGACUGCUCUCGCUGCUGAGAGGUAAGAGUUUUGAAGUUGAGCUAAAUUUUGUUAUCCUAUUCUUAUUUUUUUUAAAAGGGUUAACUUGUAAAAGCUGUGUUGAAAGAAGUUAUACUAACCAAACUGGAAAAGCAGCUGAAUUUUUACAAAUCUAGGCAUAUUUACUUAAAAGUAGAUCUCACUGAGUUCUACAGCACAAUCCUAUGCAUGUUUACUCAAAAGGAGGCCCCUUUGUGUUCACGGUGGCUUAUUCCCAAGUAAGCAUGCAUAGAAUUGCACCCUUACUCUCUAGUAAGUAUGUUUAAGAUUGUAGUCAAGGGGAACAGGCCUAUACCUGGGAACGAACACACACACACACACACACACACACACACACACACACAGCACUUCUAAAUACAGCCGGAAUCAAGUUGCCGUACUAUGACUUGGAACUUGCAUUUGGAACAUGGGAUAAUGAACAAAGGGGACAUUAUAUUCUGAUCCUGAAUUAUUAUUUUGCACUGAAAGAUGUAAUAUUUAAAGGGUUCACUGGUAAAACACUUCCCUUUCCUUGCUCAUAUGCACACCACCAGCUCCCAAACAGCUCCAUCUGGUUCCUUUAAGAUGCCUACAUCAGGGGCUACACUCUGAGGUUGCUGAAAUCUGCACAGCCUGGUACCCAGUAGACCCAGGUACCGCCCCUUCAUGCUAUCAAAGAGCUUAUAUAACAGAGUAAAAGCAGAUCCCUAAGUCAAAGGUUAAAUGUGAUUUUCAACCAUAGCAGAGUCUGGCUGAGUCUUAUAAUUCAGCAGGGAAGCACUCUGCAGGACACAAAAGACCGUCCAUUCCUAUUUAUGAUAAUUUAAACUUUAUGGAAAUUGUUUCUCACUACCAAAUCAAAAAGGCGAUAUUACAGAAGUUUCAGCGGGCUGCUACAUAGCUUCUACUACCUUGAUCAUUUUCUGAAAGUCCCAUUCUGUUCCCUAGGUUUUUUUUAAUCUCCAGCAAGACUUACAAAUAUACCAGUACUUGAUCUUCUUAUUUAUCUGUUUUUGUUUUAGUGUCUAGUGUUACAGUGAGUCCUUGUUCACACAUCAUUUACAGACAGUGACUCAUAACCUACAAUACAGGAAAUAUCUGAAUGCCUUAUUUCUGAGGAGGACAAUGCAAAUUAGGUUCCGUUUCCUCUUGUCAAAAAAAGGACAAAUUAGCAAGAUCCUGCCAGUUCAGAAACAUCUUUAGAGUUAACAGGACAAAAGUCACCUCUGGGAAACACCCAACGUACUAGUCAUCAAAUAUUUAUGUAAUAAUAAAAUACAAAGAAUAUAAAAGUAUGUCAGUGUAGCUCCUGCGUUCAAAUUAAUUUAGAAUUCAUAAACUCCCACGUUUUAACCAGAUGUAAAACACUGUAUUUCCCCAUUAUGUUCAGUGUCUGCGUGGUUCCUAUAUUCCUAGUAACAAUAAAGUCCAAGGGUGUGAGACAAUUGUCAUAUUGUCGAUAUGGCAUACAGUGGUACCUCGGGUUACAGACGCUUCAGGUUACAGACUCCGCUAACCCAGAAAUAGUACCUCGGGUUAAGAACGUUGCUUCAGGAUAGAACAGAAAUCACGCAGUGGCAGCAGGAGGCCCCAUUAGCUAAAGUUGUACCUCAGGUUAAGAACAGUUUCAGGUUAAGAACAGACCUCCAGAACAAAUUAAGUUCUUAACCCGAGGUACCACUGUAUAAGGAGGUCUCUGUGUGCUUUGGUGAACCCUUGGAUUUGCACAAGUGGAAAGAAAUGGAGGGGAGGACCAAUAUGAGGCUCCCAGCCUAUAUAGACUUACUUGGGAGUACCGUAAGUCCCACUAAACUCAACUGGGGCUUACUUCAGAGUGGGUAUAUAUUAAUAGGGCUGCACUGUCAGCCACAGAAAGAAAAACCCAAACAGGAAGAAAAGAGAACUGUGCAGACAUUUCGUUUCAGGAGGCAGAGGUGAGUGAGGAAUAAGCAAAUAUCAAAUGUGGAAUCAGCCAGGCAUAGCAUUGUUCAGAAAGCAAGCCAAACUGCUCAUGGGGCAAAACGCAGGCUUGUAGGGGUUCCCUUUUCACAAACCUGAAUCAGCCAGUACAACCCAAAUAUAGCCACACUUGCAGAAUGCAAGCAAUAUGUGCUAUUACGCAGAUAAGCCUACUCCUUGGUUGGGUAGACAGUAGUAGUCGAUCAUGAAAACAGAAAUAAAUCAGUUUCUGGGAAAGAUUAAUGACUUUAAUAGAAGUAGCUUUUUCCGUUUCGAAGUCAAGGGCUGCUGGUAACAGAUACAUUGUGUAAUCUGGAGUUUACCACAAAUUUAUUUUAAAAAAACAGUCCUCCAGAUCAGUUUAUUUUCUCUACAUCUCCCACUUCGGGAUUCUUGGGGAAGAACUUAUAAAUCUAAUGCCUUUUUUAUUUUUAUUAGUUACGUAGGAAAAGUUGAACUUCCAUUUUUAUAUAGCACAAGGUUUGUGUCAUAACUAUACUGCACCACUCUUUAGGGAGCUACCCUAAGUGCAAGAAGCUGGUGUAAAGAAAGCCAGUCGAAAUAAAGUUGGCAUAAAGUUACACCUGAUCCAAAUCCCAUUCAGCAGCUAGGCGGAUGCUGCUGCCCUGCCUAAGUCUGGCAGAGGAAAAACAAGUCUUUAAAACAAUGUUCUGUGCUGGGUUGCCAGGUCACAUAACUAUGCUGAAUCUACUUAGGAUCCAGCCUAAGGCCCACCCUCCCAGUCCUGCCCCAGAAUGCUCCCUUUCGGAGACUUACACCAGCCUCAGCUCAGCCUUUUUGGAUUGCCACCUUUUCCUGCUUGGGAGGCUGCCUCUUCUGUUUUUCUUCCCUUCACACUACUGCUAGUCAUAAAAGAUUUCUCAGGAUAACAGGUAGGCUGCAUUUAUCUUCCUUGGAAAAGUUUACAAAAACAAGCCAUCAUUUCUUGCUGUUUGGAUUAGGGGUGCCAGAUUUUCCUGCGCCAUGUGUGACAAAUGGAUGAAGUUAUCUUCCUCCCUACACGGCUAAAAUGUGGGGAAGCUUUGCCUGCUAAACUUCUGCUUGUCAUGUGGCUUUUUAAGACACAGAAGCCAUGCCAGAAAAAGUUGGCACCCCUAAAAUUUAUUCUAUACAUUCUGCAAAAGCUCCGGACAGAUCUUCCAAGCAAAGAGGCUGUCGUAACUUGGCAGUAAGUAAUUGGAAGCUAAUAUUUUUUGUUUGGGUUUUGAUUCACUCAAAGGUGCAAAAGUUAAGAAUCGACAAGACAAUAUAUCAAUUGAACAGGACAAGUACUGUUGCACAAGUUGUGUUAGGAACAUAGGAAGCUGCAUUGUACCAAAUCAGAUUGUUGGUCUAUCUCACACACUUACCUUCCCGCAGGAGCGGUACCUAUUUAUCUACUUGCACUUCGACGUGCUUUCGAACUGCUAGGUUGGCAGGAGCAGGGACCAAACAACGGGAGCUCACCCCGUCACGGGGAUUCGAACUGCCGACCUUCUAAUCGGCAAGUCCUAGGCUCUGUGGUUUAACCCACAGCGCCACCCGCAUCCCGGUCACCAGCUUGGAUGGCCCCAAAAGAGCGUUAGGAAAAUGGAGGCUAGCGAUGGCUACUAACCACAGGAGCCAUGUUCUCCCUCAGCUGUUGGAGGUAGUAUGUCUCUGUAUACCAAUUGCCAGGAAAAGCUCUGUUGCACUCAUGCCCUGUUUGCAGGCUUCCCAUAGGCAUCUAGUUGGCCACUGUGAGAACAGGAUCCUGGAUUAGAUGGGCCUGGGGCCUGAUCCAGCAGGACUACUCUUGUGUUCUAUUGUCUAUACAUACUGACUAGCAGUUGCUCUCUUCCCUUGCACUGUCUGAAGUUGUCAGGCAUUGAACCUGGAACCUGGAACCUUCAACUCAGUGGCUGGGGCAAUCCAGUCAGAUGGGUGGGGUACAAAUAAUUAAAUUCUUAUUAGCGUUCAAAGCAGGUGCCCUAUCACUAAGCUAUGGGGGAGAAAUUUUAUUAAUGAGAAACAUUAUUGAACCAAUACGUAAACCGAAACACUUCAAAAGUAGCACUUCACUGAAUUUUGCAAUGCUAUUCUCCAACUAGCAUGUUCAAAAAUGGGUAUAUUAGGGGGGAAGUGUGCAUAAAAAUGCUUGUUAGUGAAAAUAACAUACAAAAUGCAUUAUAUUGGGGAGGUAUAUUUUAAAAAUGUGGAUAUUGGUUAAGACUACAUGGACAAAGGUCCAUGUAGAAAAUGGCACCAAAGUUGCUGACAAAUUUGCAUGAGGCAUUAAAAAGAUUAAAUCACAAAUUGCUGUGGAAAUAUGAAGAGAUGAAUUUAAGAAUGGGAAAAAAAUAGAAACCUGGAGAAACCAAAACUGAGACAUUCAUUCAUCCAUAGCUAUGGCACUUCCAUGGAAUAACUUGCCCUGAAUUACUGUACUUCCUGCAAUCUCAGAGUAAACAAACUACAAGGAGGCAGGAAUUAAUCAUUGCACAAAUAAUUCUUCUCAGCAGAGCCACUUACUUAGGUAUACAAAACCCUGGGAUCAUAAAUCCUAUCCUUGGCGUUAGAAAAAGCUACCAAUUUUGGAAAAACUCAGCCACACUGGCCAUGCAACAUCAAUUAUUGUCGAAAAUGUCAUUUUCUGUGUGUCCUACAGUACGUGUGUGCUACGAUCACAGAGCACAUUUAUCAAGCAGGCCACACUGGCUUCCUGGUCAUGUGUCAGUCAGCAACCCGAGAUGAGUGUUCAGAACAGGUGUGAGAUAAAAUGCACAACAUGUCAUUUAAACUGGAAGGCGCAAGGGUUGGAGAGAGGCUGAGGGGAAAACAUUUCCACUGCUCAGUGAACAAAUCAGGCCUGUGGCAGCAGCAUGACUUUUUCUUUAAAAAAUAAAUGAUUGCCCCUCACAAAGCUCAUACAAAUCACUAAUUAGUCUGGCCUUAUUUACACCAAUCUAUGCAUAUUUGUAUGCAUUCUUUAACUAGAGAACUCCAUUAUAAAAUCUGGAGGCAUGCAAAUAUUGAAGUAGAGCUGUAUAUUCCCCUCGCCACAGCUUUUUAUUAGAGGUCACUCCAGAAGUUCCCCAAGUUUCAGAAUCGGCUUGGGAGUGAAUGCUCAGAAGACUCAUUUGUACACACCAAGCAUUUCCCACAGUCCUUUAGAUCUGUGGAUUUCUUUCCACAUAAAUGUACACAGUAGUGUAGGGUGGAGGGGAUAAUGCUUUGCCUCUUCUACAAAUGUUUGAAUUGUUUAUUGUGAAUAUGGCUGUGUACACACUAUACCUUCAAAGCACAGAGCACAGUCUUCCCGACAAAGAAUUCUGGGUGCUGCUGUUUGCAAAUGGUUGCUAGGAAUUGCAAUUUUGUGCAGGCUGAACUGCGGCCUAAUUCUUUCUCUCUUCUUUUCAGGUAUAUGGCUAUAGUUUACCCUUUCAGGCAAAAGCUCUCUGCUGGGUACACCAAAGUGGUCAUAGGAAUAAUCUGGUUGGUAGCUUUUGGACUUGCUUUCCCACAGUUCUUUUAUGCACAAAUUCGUGUCGACUAUGGAAUGACCAAAUGUGUUGUUGCCUGGCCAGAUGACGUUCAUCGUAAACAUCUCAUCACGUAAGAACAUCCCAAAUCCUGAACCCCAAAAUACAUGUUAGCAGCUGAGAACUCUUGAUUUAAGGGGGAAAGAGAGAACGCGAAUGAUGUUGCUGAAAAUCUUGCCUUAACCAUCUGUUUUCAGCCAGAAUCUAUGUUACUACUAAGUCUUCUUUAUAGAUGGAGGAGAGUGGAGGCAAACAGGUGACCAUGUUAAUAUUCAUGCAGUAAUCAGGGAUACUGCCAAUUUAGGGUGUUUGAUCCACAGAUUUCAAUGAAGUUGCAGUUUUCUAAAGUGAAAGAAGUCUAUGACAUUCGGCUGUGACAUUCUGUGAUGGGGGAAUGAGGGUUGGAUCCAGGAACUCAAGGUGAUCAAAUUUAAUUCAAACAGGGCUUCAUACGUCAAUUAAAAAUCCUUCAGACAUAUCCGAGUUAACUGAAUGGCAGGACCAUCCCAAGACUUUUAAAUCCUUGGGGGGAAAGGGAUACCAGUAUUCCUUCCAUACUAGUAAUUGGUUUAGAUGCCUUUGCUGGACAAUUCUGGCAAUGUCAUAGCAUUGGAGGGCUUUGGGGUGCCUGUGUUACCCUCUCAUCUUGUCUUUAAAAGUCAAUUGCAACAUUAGCUUCCAUGUAAUUUCUAGCAAAAUAUUCCUGAGGCUUUUCAGAGCUACUGUAUCUUUACCUAAAAGCUUCCUCUUUGCAGCUGCCAACUUUAAUUGCUUUAGCCUGUAAUUGUCCUUUAAUUAGUCCUGCCUGCUCUACACUUUCAUUACUAGAUUUCUUUUUCCUUUUAACUGAAAAAUAGCAUAGUGUCACAAAUAUGGGGCAAUUCAUUCCUAAUGAAACAUCAUAUUGAACAGAAAAUGCUUAGCGGAAGGGAUCACAGGGAGCAAGCUUCUAAUUAAAGUUGCAGGGUGGGUUGCCUUUGUCCCAGCACAAAAAGCGAAGCACUUACCUCAGUAGCAGCACUCUCCCUGUUGCAAGAAAUUGAUGAGAAAGGCACAGAUAUGUAAUCUUCUGGCCCAAUCUAGAUUCACACAGAAACAAGGAACAGCAAGGAGCAUCUGUUUGAACAAUCGCCAUGCUUCCUGUUUGAGAAAUAUCAAAUCAAAAUCUGGCACUGAAUGGGAUGCCCUCACUGUGAUAUGAAGCAACACUUCUAUAGAGUAAAAGUCCCAUUAAAUCUGUAAGACAAAUUUUGACAGUUGAUUACCGAUAGUGAAAAAAAUGUUUAGUCAAAACAUGGCAAUGUGGUGGACGCAAAAAGAAGGGGGAAGCGGUGUGACCUCAAAAAGCAGGCCUUGGGUCCAGUAGAUAAAAAGAGUGCGGGAAAAAUGGAGAGGUAUCUUGAGACCUUGCAGUGAUUAGCCUUGCAGUGAUUAGCCUUGCUAUUUGUGGCAAAGGGAAGGAUUUCCCCCAUGUGUUCUUAUCUCUUCCUCUGUCUGGCUCACCUCUUCCCCUUUUAGUCCGGGGAAAACCACACUCAAGGCUAAAACAUAGAGUCCUUUGUUCUGUUUAUGAGGUUCUGGAAUUCAGGAGGCCAAACAUUUAUGGAGCUUUGGGUACAAUUCUCAUCUCCCUCCAGAAAGGAGGCACGGUUAUUUAAGCAUUGCGUUAACAUCACUCCUUGAACAUUUAUCAUCAACCAUCUUCUACAAAUAGUAGCCUUCUGACAAGCUGUCUUCAUGCCACUGGUUUACUGAGGCCACUGUCACAUCACCAAAAAAAGGUGGGGGAGGGGGCACACACAAAAUUUUACACAAAUUCACACUGUAUACAUGAUAUGCUAAUUUAUAUGCAUGGUUGCAAAUUUAGAAAUAAUCACUAUAAUUCAAAUAUAAAUUAACUAUCAUUUUGUCAUAGUGGAGAAGACUAUGGUUUGCUCAGUCUGUUGUCCCCAUGUUAACUGUUGAUGGGCAACUUCAAGGCUCUUACUCUCCCUUCAUAUCUGGUCAGGCCUUCUGACAGAGGACACUUUCCAAACAGCGGAAAUUAUAGAACCUUAAGAGUUAGAAGGGACCCCAAGGGUCAUCUAAUCCAACCCCAUGCAAGUUCUCGGUAAAGUAGGGCAAAUGGUCACCCUAAACAGCAGUUUAUAACUUUGAGAGUAUCACUUUUGAAAGACCAUUAAUGGUACAUUGUGUUUUGAUAGCUUCCCCUCACCGGCCUUGCUUCACAUCCUCCUUGAGUGUUUUUGCCUGAUUGGAACAUGCCAUUGAACUCUGAGAAUGACUUGUUGCUUGCCUGGAUGGAGAAUAGAGAGGGUGUGUGUGUGUGUGUGUGUGUGUGUGUGUGUGUGUGUGUGUAAAAACUACCCCAGUGUACAAAGAUACCAUUUACAUUCACUGCUCUGGCCACUCUUGCCCUGGAAACCACUGGCCCCCGGAAAGUUUUGGAAACUCAGGCAGAAAAGCAUUUAUUGAUCUUCCCAAUACAUGGAGGUUCUUUUUGGACUGAAGGAAGGGAAACAAGCUCUAUCCAUGCUCAGCUCUUUUUCUCUUUUUUUCAGGUACCACAUUACAGUCAUUGUUUUAGUGUACCUGCUGCCUCUCCUAGUGAUGUUUAUCACAUACAGUGCAAUAGGAAAGGCUCUGUGGAAUAAUGCUGUUCCUGGAGAUCACACUAAUGUGCUCAGCUACCAGCAUAUGAUUACAGCCAAAAAAAAGGUUAGUUGUCGUGAGCUAAUAAUUGCUGCUUAUAGCGCAGUGGUAACAUGAACCCAGGGGUAAAUCUCACUGCUGCAUAGUUUCAUUAUCAGCAAGAACAACAGACCAGACACACCUCCGGCUAAGACUCAGACUGUGUAUGCAGUAUUUCUUUAAAAAACAACAGGAUAGGUACAGAUCAUGACAAAUACCUGUUCCCAAACCAAUGGUAGGAGCGCAUUAGGUGCAGAGUUUGUGGGAAUGUGUAGUCUUGAUUUUUCAAAUUACCACCUAAGUUUUAGCAAAUGCCCUCUGCUGUCCUGGAUAGGUACUACAGCAUGAUGCCUGUAACCAACAUUAUAAAAGGUGAAGGUAAAGGACCCCUGAAUGGUUAAGUCCAGUCAAAGGUGACUAUGGGCCGCAGUGCUCAUCUCGCUUCAGGUCAAGGGAGCCAGUGUUUAUCCACAGACAGCUUUCUGGAUCAUGUGGCCAGCAUGACUAAACCACUUCUGGUGCAACAGAACACCAUGAUGGAAGCCAAAGCACACAGAAAUGCCAUUUACCUUCCCAUCACAGCGGUAGCUAUUUAUCAACUUGCAGUGGUGUGCUUUCAAACUGCUAGGUUGGCAGAAGCUGGGACAGAGCAAGGGAAGCUCACCACCGUCACACAGAUUCAAACUGCUGACCUUCUGAUCGGCAAGCGCAAGAGACUCAGUGGUUUAGACCACAGUGCCACCUGCAUCCCAAUAACCGACAUUAUAUACAUUGGCAGCAAACAAGUAGGGCAAGAUACUGCUAGCUAAGGGGGUUCAACUUGAAUAGUCACCACCUGUCACUUUCCAAUCCUAAAAAGUGCAUGUUUCUGGGAUUUGCGGCAACAUUAUCACAGCAGCAUUCUGCACAGCCACAGUUGCCUUUAUAAACAAGUUACUACUAUAUAUUGCAGGGAUGAGGAAACAUGUCAUUAAUAUAACUAUGCAUUUAACAUAUUGUCUGGUUUGGUUCAUAAGAAACUCCAGGCACAAAUUGUUGCACAGAAACGCAUCACAGACUUGCUGAGUACCCACCCUAAGCCUGUAUUUCACGAGAAAUGGGUGGCAGCCACUUUGACACCACAGGCACAAAUCUAGGACCAGAAGAAUAACAAAGCAUUCAAAGAUUUCUCUUUCCUUUUUCUAGUUUGUCAGGACAAUGGUUGCAGUCGUGAUCACAUUUGCCAUCUGCUGGUUCCCUUAUCAUCUCUACUUCGUCUUGGGGAACAUCCGGAAAGACAUUUACAGGCAGAAGUACAUUCAACAAGUAUACCUGGCGGUGUUUUUGCUUGCCAUGAGCUCUGCGAUGUAUAGCCCAAUUAUUUAUUGCUGCCUUAAUCAAAAGUGAGUAGUGCAUGUCUUAAAUGAAUGCAAGCACCUUGGGAGUAUCACUGAAGUGCAAGAUAAAAAUGCUCGUAUAUAAAUAUAGGAACCUAGGAAACUGUCUUAUACCAGUUCAGAUCAUUGGCCCAUUUUGCUCAGUGUGGCCUACACUCAGGGCUUAUCCUUGUAUCAUAUUUAGCUUGACCUCUAACAUUUACAAUGCAAUCAUUUACAUUCCCGCUCUGAAGCAAAUACCACCGAGUUCAAUGGUGCUUACUCUCAGGCACAUUAUUAAAUUCCACAAAAAACAGCGCUUUUCUCUAAAUGUGCAUCACAUUCCUUUGAUAGCCUCUGUAUUCCAUCAGGAAAACAGUCCAUUUUUCUUUGAAGAGAAAAUUUCCUUUGGGGGUUCAAUACGGAGGCUCACACAAAAUUCCUCAUUCGUCAGACUUUAUUCAAUAAUUUGUUACGGGGCAGAGUACAAAAGCAUCUGUGAGAGCACACACCCUAUAUAAGGAAAUAUACGUCAUCUUGACCAUUCAUUCUCUAGCCAACCACCUUCUGCCACCUCAGCACCUCACCUUCUCUCACCCAACCAUAGUCCUUGAAAACACUUACUCAACCCAAGUUUUUUGCUGUACAUGAGGAGACUUCCUUGUGCCUUUGUCAAGCAAUUGGCCAUUAGGUUCCUCCUAAACUAAUUCUUACCAGUUUGGGGGAGAGGCUGCACUCUUGCAUACACGAUGGCAAGAUCCUCAUGGAUAAUGGGUUUUGCAGAAUUUCUACCUUCUCAGUCUGUACAAGGGAUGGGGAGCUUUUUCUGACUACAUACUGGGGGUGGGGGUCACAUGCUAGUGGUUGCUGGGUCAGAGGCAAAAGUAGACAGAACAGCCAAUGUGACUUAUGCUUUGGUAUCGACCACACACGUCAUGUAUUUCUAUACAGAUUUAUCUCUCCACCCUGUCAAGCAAGAGGUGUCACCCUACAAAGACACAGUCCACCCAGACAAAACACUUGAGGAAUCCCUAAAGUCUGAGAUUCUCCAUCCCUCAUUUAUACCAUGUAACACUUAGCUUGUGUUUGCACCCAUUUACAGGUUCCGCUCUGGUUUCAAGAUAGCUUUCCAGUGCUGCCCUUGCAUCAAAGCAACGGAAAGAGACAGACUUAACCUUACUCCCCGAUUGCCUUUAAAGAAGACCUGGAGAGAUCAAGCAUCUAACAACCUGACAAGCACAGGAACACAGACAACCAAUACGGACAAUGUACCAUUAAGUACUAUGUAUUUGAUUGUUUGACUGUUAUGCCAAUAGCUUGAUUAAUGGCUUCUUGUCGUGUUUCUUCAUUGCAGAUUAAAAAUAUUAUCACAGAGGCUUGUGACAGAUUUGGGAGUAUUCUUUGCAGUGUUUCACACCAGCAACACAACCAAUCAAUUCCUCCAUCAGUGUUAUUGCUUGAAUGUCUUAGUGUCUGAAAAUAAUCUCAAUGCCAUACGCUCAUACUAUUAUGGAAAGCCACAGGGCCGACCCAAGACAUUUUACUGCCUGAGGCAAAGGACAAGGUGGCUCACCUCCCUAUUCCAUGUACAGAAGCCAACUGGACUAGCUGUUGAAUCUUAUUUCAAUGCUGGCUAUGGGACAGCAUCCAUCAUGGCACCUGAUGGCAACAGACCAGUUUUGGGGGUCCAAGAUAGACUGUGGAGCACACAGAGCAGAUUGCAUUCAGAACAAAUAGAAAAAAGGCAUGUUUUUUUCCAACUGUACAUGCUGACUGAAGAAUGUGCAUCUUGCCUGGAGAAUGUACAAAAUUCAGCCAAAAUAUGCACAAUUCUCCAAGGCCUGUUGCACAAUUCCCUCUUCGUUGGAGGGUUAUGUGCACAGUCUCCAUCAGGUCUGGUGAACAACGGCCAGUUGUUAUGCACAUUUAACAUCACUGACUUACAUUCCUUGUGGCAUAUACAUAAAUGACACAUUUCCCCAGAAAAUGUAAAGCAUUGUCCUAUUAUUUUUAAAUACUUUAAAAAGCCUGACUCCCUCCCUCGGCAAUCUUCGCGGAGCUCUGGCCCAAUGGUUGACAGUGGCUUGAAUUAAUUAAUUUUAGAAUGAAUGAUUUUAGAAUGUUGUUUAUGCUGUACUUUUGUACUGUUUUAUUGUUGUUAGCCGCCCUGAGCCCGGCUUCGGCUGGGGAGGGCGGGAUAUAAAUAAAAUUUAUUAUUAUUAUAAUUUAUUAAAGACUGUUACCAUAUUCAGUCAUUUGAGUAAAACACUGACAAAUGCAUUCGUUAUCUGAAUCAAGGUGGAAGUUAAGAUAUUUCGAAAUAGUUUGAUCGUUAACGCAUUUCUGAUAAGUAAGAAUUACGAGCAACUGUGAUUUGUGGAAGUUCACCAUACCGAAGAAUUAUGUUUAUGAUGGCUAUUAAUUACUGUGCUAUAGCCCAUGAUUCACAAGUGCAAAUUCAUCUUCCAUAUUGUGUAUGGAACCCCAAACCAAAUCUUAAUUUUUUUUCAGUCCAUCAGCUGGCAUUAAAAAUUCAAAUACGGUGGUACUUGGGUUCACAAAUGUAAUCCGUUCCAGAAGUCCGUUCCAAAACCAAAGCGUUCCAAAACCAAGACACGCUUUCCCAUAGAAAUACAAAACGGAUUAAUCCGUUCCAGACUUUUAAAAAACAAUCCAUAAAACAGCAAUUUAACAUGAAUUUUACUAUCUAACGAGACCAUUGACCCAUAAAAGCAAAAUCAAUGUACUGUACUAUAAAACAAGUAAGACAGUAUUGUAGAUGAUCAAAAUUAAAAUUAUUAUUUUUUCCUUACCUACACUGAUUAUAUUGUUUGGAUGGGGGGCUUUUAUCCAUUUCUGCAGUCACACCAUCAAUCAAUCUGGCUGAACUGGGUUCCACAGUCACAAAAACAAAUAAACCGAAAAAGCCUCAAAAACGAAAAGGCAAAAUAAAUAGCAAAAAAAUAAGUACCAAACAAUCUGCUCCAGAAGUCUGUUUGACUUCUGUAAUGUUCGAAAACCAAGGCGCAGUUUCUGAUUGGUGCAGGCGCCCUGGAAACAAUAUAUGACAGAUGCAUUGGAUGAUCUGCUUCCGAAAAACGAUUGAAAACCGGAACACUUACUUUCAGGUUUUCAGCGUUUGGGAACCAAAGCGUUUGAGAACCAAGAUACCACUGUACCAAAAUAUGUAGUGUAUAC